GGAAGCGAGAUGCCCGCUGGAGGUGGCCGGCUGCCGACAUGCUGCAUUGGAAUGAGGAAGUGGAGUGGGGAGGGGAGGGACUGAGCGCGGAGCUGCCUCCUGCCGCGGCUCUGCUGCGAGGAGGCGCCGCGGCACAUGGAGCAGGAGAGGACUGGAAGAGCUGUCUGCAGCCAGCCCCGGCCAGAGCAGAUUACUUGAGGAAAAUGGAAACAGAUGAGGCUCAAGAUAUGUCCCAGGUUUCAGGAAAGGAAAGUCCUCCAAUAAGUGAUGUCCCAGAUGAUGCAGAUGAGCCCAUGCCUGUACCAGAAGACCUUUCAACCAGUACAGGAGGACAACAGAAGAAUGAUAGAGCUUUGGCCAGUAAUAUUAAAAUAGAGACUCAGAGUGAUGAAGAGAAUGGGCGUGCCUGUGAAAUGAAUGGGGAAGAAUGUGCAGAGGAUUUACGAAUGCUUGAUGCCUCUGGAGAGAAAAUGAAUGGCUCACACAAUGGCCCAGGCAGCAAAGCUAUGUCAGGAGUUGGAGGCAUUCGACUUCCUAACGGAAAGCUAAAAUGUGAUAUCUGUGGGAUAAUUUGCAUCGGUCCCAAUGUGCUCAUGGUUCACAAACGAAGCCACACUGGGGAACGCCCUUUCCACUGCAGUCAGUGUGGAGCCUCGUUUACUCAGAAAGGCAAUCUCCUUCGCCACAUAAAGUUGCAUUCGGGCGAAAAACCCUUCAAAUGUCACUUGUGCAACUAUGCCUGCCGACGCAGGGAUGCCCUCACGGGCCACCUGAGGACUCAUUCUGUUGGCAAACCUCACAAAUGUGGAUACUGUGGCCGAAGCUAUAAACAGCGCAGCUCUUUAGAAGAACAUAAGGAACGCUGCCACAAUUAUUUGCAAACCAUGAGCCUUUCAGGCAGCUUGUAUCCAGUCAUAAAAGAGGAAACUAACCAGAGUGAAAUGGCUGAAGACUUGUGCAAGAUAGGGUCAGAGAGAUCGCUCGUGCUGGAUAGACUAGCAAGUAACGUCGCCAAACGUAAGAGCUCUAUGCCUCAGAAAUUUGUUGGUGAGAAAUGCUUGUCUGAUGUACCAUACGAUGCUACCACUAAUUAUGAGAAGGAAAGCGAGAUGAUGCAGACUCAUGUUAUAGACCAGGCCAUUAACAAUGCCAUCAGCUACCUAGGGGCAGAAUCUUUGCGUCCCCUUGUGCAGACACCUCCCGGCAGCUCCGAAGUCGCACCUCCUAUCAGUUCCAUGUAUCAGCUCCACAAACCUCUUGGGGACAAUCACGCUCGUUCCAAUCAUACAGCUCAGGAUACUGCAGUGGAAAACUUGUUACUGCUUUCCAAAGCCAAAUCCAUCUCCUCAGAAAGGGAUGCCUCCCCCAGCAACAGCUGCCAAGACUCAACAGAUACAGAGAGUAAUAAUGAGGAGCGCAGUGGUUUAAUUUACCUGACGAAUCACAUCGUUCCCCAUGCAAGAAAUGGCCUGUCUAUAAAAGAAGAACAGAGGCAAUAUGAUGUCCUGAGGGCAGGUACUGACAAUUCCCAUGAUGCUUUCAAAGUGAUCACCAGCAAUGGAGAGCAAGUAAAAGUUUACAAGUGCGAACACUGUCGAGUCCUUUUCUUGGAUCAUGUGAUGUACACCAUCCACAUGGGCUGUCAUGGGUUCCGUGAUCCUUUUGAAUGCAACAUGUGUGGCUACCACAGCCAGGACAGAUACGAAUUCUCUUCUCACAUAACACGAGGGGAGCACCGUUUCCACAUGAGUUAAAACCCCAUUCCCACACAGAUUCAACCUUAUUAGCUGUAAUACUGAUACUGAAGCUGUAUGAAAGACAAGGACAAAACACACCAGUUUGCUGGACGGCAAAGGCAUCCAGAAAAGAAAAUUAGAAGACCUGGCCCAGGAUUUUUCUCUUCUUGGUAGCAUGCAUUGCAACUCAGUUUUAUAAAACAAAUAUUGAUGUUUUUAUUACAAAUAUUUGGAUCACCAAACCUUUAGUAAGUAGGAGCUUUUGUAGUGAGGUAGUUGAAUCCACUUCCUUCUAGCUAUUGCUUUCCACAGACCUCUCUCCCCAACACAGUUAAGCAUGUGCACAACGCACACAAAUUUGGCUGAGGUCUAGAAAGGCCUUGUGCUAACAUGCUGAGAGUAGGGCUCUUAUACCAGACAUUUUUUUUAAACUUCCCAUUAUUGCUUGGCUAAUUGGGAAGACUUAAUUAAAAUAAGAUAAAGUGGGACCUGUGGGUGGUGUCAUGUGGACCUGGAAUGGUAUUGAAAGCCUAGAUCCACAGGUGGCACUAUUUUAGUUGUAAAGUAAAAUAGCACAAUAUCACACACAAAGAUGUGGAUUUUUUUAAUUGUUUUUAUUUUUUAUUUUUAUUUUUAUUUUUUUUUGCCAGCAAGGCAUACAUUAUUUGUACUGUGAGCCAUAAGGCCAGUUGUUUGAAGGACAUAAGAAACAACAUUUUAAUACAUACUCUGGAGUGGGAAAAGUGCUUUGUUGACUUUUUAAAAUAAAAGUUUUCCCUCCCUAUCCAAUAAAAACACACCCUUUCCUUUAAAAUAAGGUUUAAAAAUCUUUCUGCGUAAGACAGACAUUAAUGUAGUAUUUUUCUGAAGAAGUUUUAAUUAUUUAUAAAAAAAAUUACAUUCAGUAGGAGAGAGAGAAUUUUUAUGCACCCUUCUUUCAUUUUGAGGGCAAUUUUUAAUAUUGGAUACAAAAUUUCUACUCUCAUCCACUUUGUAUAUGAAAAUGCUCAUUCGAUUUGCCUAGCAAGUCCUCUGGCUAACUUUUGUGAGCUGUAUCUUGAAAAUUGAGCCCAUUAUGUUUUUUUAAAGCACCGAGAUAAAUUCAACAGCCAUUAAAAAAACAAAAACUUACAAUCCCCUUUCCUCAAAAUUAACUAUUUAUUGUGGGCUCCAUCCUGCAAGAAACUGAGCACUCUGGUCCCAGUCUAGCAAAGCACUUCCCCAUUUACCUGAGCAGUCACAUGAACGUAAAUGGAGCUGUUCUUACGUGUAAAGAUAAUCCCAUAUUUAAGGGUUUUUUUGUUUGGUUGGUUUGUUUUUUACUGGACUGAGACCAGAGCAGGGCUCAAGUCCUAUGAAACCAAACACAUUUAUUCUAUCUCCCUACACACACACACAUAUACAGAGGGUCUCUUUCUGUCUCUCUCUGCAAGACCCUCCCAACUAACUGUUUAAGUUCCUGUAAAUAAAAAGACAUCUGAAUCACAAAGAUAUUUGAUACUAAAAACUGUCAAUCUGUUUGUCUCUUCUCUAGUUCCUCUUCCAGAUAGAUCAUUCCUCUUCCCAAACAACCUGCUGUCUUUAAGACUGGGUCAUAAUGAUAUUUAUGCAACUUGGUUAAGAGUCUCCCUUCAGAAAUUGAAUAUUUCCACAACAAUACAGGUUAUAAUUAAUUAAUGGAGUUACUCAGCCCUCUGAAUGUACAAACAUUUCCACUGUAUUCAAGAGAUUGGUACUACUCCAUAAACAAAAAUCAUAUAUUGCAACAAGACCAUUUCUUAGGUCCUGUAAUACUGUUAUAUGUACACACACACAUCUGAUUACUUAUUCAUAUUAUGAGCCAAAUUCAAUCAAACUGAGCGCACUUGCACUACGGAUGAAUUUGGCCAACUGGGUAUAGUAUUCUACAUAUGUAUAUUACAUGUAAACAGAACAGAGGCAGCCUCGUUCUGCUUUCACUUACAUUGUUGUAAAUCAAAAGCAACUCCACUGAGGCAACAGAAUGAUAGUGGCGUAUGUGAGAUUUGAGUAUGCUUUAUACCUCCCCUUCCAUUACUUUAUUAAAUUGUACAUUCAUUCCUCACUAUAAGAAAUUUACUUUGCAAAAGCCAAACUCCUUGGAUCACAAGAGUGAUAUUACACGGAAAGAAUGUAUACAAAGCAUGGACAGUAUAAACACAUGCAAACACACUUAUGCACAUUGAAACAACAUUAUGAACAAAAACAUCUUAAAUUGCAGGUACGCUAUAAGAAAAAAGAUAGCAAUAUAAACUAUAUCUCUGAUUGUGCUCUCACACUGGUUAAAUGUCAUUGUCUUAAGUGAAGCUAUUCUUGGUUAGAAUCUGGCCCAUAUAUAUCAGGCAGGAAAAAAGCCAAGAAAGGCGCUGCUAUCCAUUUUUUGUGCCGAAAAGAUUUCCUCACCGAGGGUAUGUCUACCGAGCAAGUUAUUUUGGAAUAACUUAUGUUAUUCCGAAAUAACAUAGCGUGCG